GUCCCAGCACAGGAAAAAGCUCUGGCGGCAGCGCACCACAAGCAGAGAAGUGCCGGCCGCCCCGCGAGCGUGGCCCCAUGCGCAGCCCUGGCUCCUCGCACCCAGCUCCGCCACCCACCGUCGUCCCCGCCACUACCCCAUGUUCCGCUCACGCCGUGCCUGGCUGGUGAGGCGGCUGUGGCGGCAGCGCUGCAUGGCGGCCGGCCCCGAGGACAGCCCUGGCGCCCUCAAACCGGCGGCACACGCUCUCUUCAAGAAGCUGAAGGAUGAGGAGCUAGAGCUGCUGGUGCAGGCGGUGGAGAGCCAGGGCGCCUGGGAGUCUGGCUGCAUCUGGGUGCCGCGGGGGGCCAAGCAGGCGCUGCCCCCCCAGGUCCUGCUCUGCCGCCUCUACCGCUGGCCCGACCUCCGUCAGCCCCACGAGCUCAAGCACCUCUGCUACUGCACUGGGGGCGGGGGGGGCUGCGGGGAUGCAGCCGUUCUCUGCUGCAACCCCCACCACUUCAGCCGCCUGGCUGCGCCCGAGACCCCGCCACCCCCCUACUCGAAGGCAUCCUGUGGUCCCUCCUGGCCAGAAGAGCCCCAGCACCCUGGCACCCAGCUCCUGGAGUUCAGCUACAACGGUGGGGACUGGUGCGACACCAGCCUCUCAUGGAGCACCGUUAAGGACAGCUACUGGUGCAAACUGGCUUACUGGGAGCACCGGACGCGCGUGGGCCGCCUCUACGCCGUGCACGAGGCAUCAGUGAACAUCUUCUGCGAGCUGCCACGGGGCAGCGGGUUCUGCCUGGGCCAGCUGCCAGCUGCCCACCGCAGUCGUGCCGUCCGGAGAGCGCGUGGCAAGAUCGGCCGGGGGCUGCUGCUGAGUCGGGAGCCAGGCGGCGUGUGGGCUUACAACCGCAGUGAGCACCCCAUCUUCGUCAGCUCACCCACCCUAGGGUCCCCCGGAGCCCAGGGGCUCACCGUACUCAAGGUGCUGCCUGGCUACUCGGCGAAGGUGUUCGACUAUGAGCGGGUGGGGGGCACGGGGGGCUGGCGGCUCCCCGGGGAGGGCCCCUGUGACCCGCACAGCAUCCGCAUCAGCUUUGCCAAGGGCUGGGGGCCCUGCUACUCCCGGCAGUUCAUCACCUCCUGCCCGUGCUGGCUGGAGGUCCUGCUGAACCGGCCACGCUGAGCGGCUGGGGCUGCUGGGGGGAGUGUCAGGGUGGGUGCAAAGGGGCCAUGGGCCAGGGGGCCCUGCCACUGCCCCCCAGCCUUCCAGGGCUGUGCUGCAGUGGGGCCAUCUUGUCCAGGGGACCCUCACUGGGACCCUCUGCCCCAGCCCCCACAGCGCCCACCAUGCCUGGCUCACCGCCCUGCCAGCACCCACCACCCCCAGCCAUGGGUCUGUUGCUGAUGCAGGGCACUAUUUAAUCUCUUUCUAUCUUUUUUUUAUUACUAUUAUUUUAAUGGUUAAUUUUA